AUGGUGCUACUCGAACCAGCAGAAGAAGACGCCAUUCCCAUGCAGCUCUUGCAGCAGCUAUCACGGACUCCAUAUGUUUGCUCUUCGCUGUCAUCACCGCUAAGCAGCAGGCCCGGAAACCUUGUUUAUCGUGGCAUCUUGGCUCAACCCAUCCGUACCCAAGAUGGCGCCACAGUUCAGACCAUCAUAAUCAAGCAUUCUACGGACUCCGUGCCCAAGAUAUUCGAGGAGCUUUUGCUCAACGCGCUCGCCAAUUACUUACCACCGACAACCACCGCCACUGUCAAGCCACCGCGUCUCUACCUGGGCAUGCUGUUCUCUGCCAAUGCUCACAACCUUCUUCCCUCACCCAGCACAGCCGCCAUCGGCCGCCACCUGGGGGUUUGGCUUCGAUGCUUUCAUGCCUGGGCUUCGGCACCAGAGCAAGCUGCUCUCCAGGCUCAGAUGUGGCAGAACGACCAUAUGCGGAAGAUCAAGUAUCUCUUCACUUACGAUAACGUUCUCAAAGUACUCCAAAAUUUCCCGGAGCUUUUGGAGGAGGCCAUCGACAGGGAAUUCGCUCAAUUCGGUCACCGAUCGUGUGAUCUCGGCCGAAUCGUGGGCGACCUCUAUGAACGAAAGACUUACGGCAAUCUCGACACUGCCAUAUCCACCAUGGAAGGAGUCAUUGACGGCUACGGCGCAUUGAGUGACGAAAUGGCCUUCCGGACUGCCAUUUGCGUGGGUGUCCAUCUGAUCAGCUGGUACAACAGGCGACCCCGGAAGGGACCGAGGGUGGCCCCUCUGGAGGUGAUUGUGGCUGGCUUAACGGCUGGAAGGGAUUUUAUGGUAAAGGGAUGGGAGAAAGAUAGGGCGUUCUUCCAGGGCAGUGCGCUAGCAUCUUUGUUUUCUGCAAGAUAG